AUGGAAAAGGAGCUUAUCUCCGGAGAUGGUUUAAAUCAAGGCGACAUUGUGCAGAUAGACGAAGCAGUUCAAAUGUACGAUUUCGAUACAGAUGAUACACUAUCUAUAGAACUUGCCAAUUCAGGAGAAGCGAUUGGAGUGUUCGAACUCCACAAGGAUUUGAUAAUUUCAAAAACUAAUCAAAAGGAGGUUAUGGCUGGACAAGUUUAUAAGGAUAAGGCUACAUUGAAAGAGGUGAUGGAGAAUUAUGCUAUAGCUCAAAGGUUUCAAUUCCGUGUUGAUCGGUCUAAUGCUGUCAGCUAUGCAUUAAUAUGUAUUUCAGAAGAUUGUGAUUGGAGGUUUAAGGCUUCAAGCAUUAACAAAUCGGAAUUAUUCAAGGUGAGAGAAUUCAAUGACAACCAUACAUGUCCGCUGAAGGAUAAAGUGUACGAGCAGCAGUAG